UGCCGGGGGCAGUUGGCUUCGGGCCGCGCCGCUCGCACUCCCCUUCUGCCUCUCUCCCCUUCCCGCAGCGCGCUCGGGGGCUCCCGGGGAGAGAGAGGAGAGACGGCGAGACACCGACCCUCCGGCGGUAUGAACCGGCCUCACCGCGGGGCUGCGGGCAGCCGGGGCCUGGGCACCAUGGAGGUGAAGAGUAAGGUCAGAGCAGAAUUGACUUGAGAUCGGCUCACUAAAGCUUUACUGCACAUGUUUGGAGCAGAAUUCCGACGAUUUUCUCUGGAGAGAUCCAAACCUGGAAAGUUUGAGGAGUUCUAUGGAUUAUUGCAGCAUGUGCACAAGAUACCAAAUGUUGAUGUUCUAGUGGGAUACACGGACAUUCAUGGAGACCUGCUGCCUAUUAAUAAUGAUGACAAUUAUCAUAAAGCAGUUUCCACAGCCAAUCCUCUACUCAGGAUUUUCAUUCAGAGAAAAGAAGAUGCAGACUACAGUGCCUUUGGUACAGAUACUAUGACAAGGAAGAAAAACGUCUUAUCAAAUGUGUUACGUCCAGAUAAUCACAAGAAGAAACCACACAUUGUCAUUAGCAUGCCACAAGACUUCAGACCAGUGUCUUCCAUUAUAGAUGUAGAUAUUCUUCCAGAAACCCAUCGUAGGGUACGACUUUACAAAUACGGAACUGACAAACCCCUUGGAUUCUAUAUCAGAGAUGGCUCUAGUGUCAGAGUAACGCCACAUGGAUUGGAGAAAGUUCCAGGGAUUUUCAUAUCUAGGCUUGUCCCUGGAGGUCUGGCUCAAAGCACAGGCCUACUGGCUGUCAAUGAUGAAGUACUGGAGGUGAAUGGAAUAGAGGUUUCAGGAAAAAGCCUUGAUCAGGUUACAGACAUGAUGAUUGCAAACAGCCGUAACCUGAUCAUUACCGUGAGACCAGCAAACCAGAGAAAUAAUGUUGUGAGGAACAGUCGGACUUCUGGCAGCUCUGGUCAGUCUACUGAAUCUAGCCUUCCAAGUAGCACGCCAAAUAUUUUAGCAAAUUUCUUGCAAGAAGACGACGAGAGCGAUGAAGAGGACAUUAUUAUUGAAGACAGUGGUGAGCCACAGCAGAUUCCAAAAGCUGCAUCUACCAGUGAAAGCCUAGAAUCGUUGACACAAAUUGAACUCCUUCAUGAGUCAACGCAAAAUGGAUUCCUCCCUUCCAGUGAGAUGAACUUGAAUCAUUCAGCAGGCAGCAUUACCAUGGAAUAUGAAGUACGAGAUCCAGAUCAUAAGUCUUUAGAAGAAGAUGGAACUAUAAUAACGCUAUGAAAUUACAUUGGUGUACUUCGUAUUAAGUAAGGAUGCCAUACCUGUUUUAAUUUGGCUUCAUAUGUAAUACAGUUUAUACCUCUCCAUCUACCAAGCACUGCAGUUAGAGGAGGGGGAAAAAAGUAAAUACAAGAAGUUCAAAAUUAUGUAAGUUGACUAACUUCAGUUAAUUCUGUGCUUCAAUGUAAAUAAUUCACAAAGAUGGAGGAUGAUUGAUAAAUGACUGAAAUUGGAUGAGGAAAAUUUAAAUUGAAAAUGAAGGAUAGCUAAGAGAUGGCUGUGAGCUUUCUUUUAAAGAUACUUGAUUUUUUUUUAAUGCAGAAUACUACUGGUUCUAUAGAAGUAAACUUCCAUUAUUAUGUGAGGUUGACUAUCUAAUGUACUGUGGUUUCAUGUUCAUCUGAAGUGCUGCUUACGUAUGAUGGAGCUGCUUUAGCCACUUCAUUCCUGUUCUGAACUGCUGUUUAGCUGGUAGAGCUGUUUGUGUGGCUCUAUGAGGAAAUGAAAAAUAGGAGGUGGGGUGGUAAGAGAUGUUCGUGGUUGCUCUAGUUCCCUGACUGACACAUUGAGCACAGGGAUAUGUGACAGUGGUCAGCAACUUGACAACAGUCAGGAUUUGAAGGUGGGGGCUUCUGAAGUUGACUGUUCCUCUGUAAGUGAAUGUGCAACCACGGGCUCAUUAGUCACGCACCUUUACUGUUUUUAAUGGCCAGGGAAGGUUACUUUUAUUGACUAUGACUUUGAAAUUCAAACAUGAAAGUCUUAACAUGCUUCAAAGACCUGGUCUCAUUUUAGUUUGCAAUAUUUAAGGAUACCAUUGGGUUUAGUUGCUAAUUCCAGUAAAUUUCAAAGAAAUCAAAUGUAAACUUAAUGCUAUGGAAAUAACAUCAUUAUCUUAAAAUUGCAGUCCUUAUAGAAGCUGCAAAGGUUUCUACUAGCAAAGGUUUGUUGUAAUGAGUCUGAAUUAUGUCAAAAGUUAUUUUCUUCAAACAUGAACAAGUUAGGACAGCUUAAAUCCCUGGAUUAAAAAAAAAAGUUUUAAAUCAGAAUGAGGCUUUAAUAGAACUUGCUUGAGCCAGGUGAUAUUAAAUUAUUCAUUAUAAUUAAACUGCAAAUGCUGAUCUUUCUGUGUACCACUGGCUGGGUGUUUUGAAUAUAACAAAGUUGCUAUGUGUAAAACAAAAUACUGAUGACAAGUCCUGAUACUGCAAGUGCAUAAGUAUGUGAGUAAUCAGCUGCAAACUGACUAGGAGAAUUGCAGGGAGAGGCUUCUAGCAUUAUUUUCCCCCUUUUUAGUAUCUCCUGCUUUACCACUUUGGCACUCAGUUCCCAAACGGACCCUUCUCUGGGAACGUAAGUUGUGGCAGGAGAAUGAGAUAGGGACUGACGGGACUGGGAAGGAUGAGGGCUGGAGCUUCUCACCAGGGGUCCAGCAGUCUGUCAUCCUUGAAGUAGUAGGAUGCUACCAGUUCUGUACUGUGGUAUUGUGCUUGCCAGAGCAGUAGUCUAGGUUCUUGGAAGCAUGUUCCAUCCUGUGGGGAGAUGCAAUGAGUGGGAAAGACUAACCCCUUUCUUUUUUUCUCUCAGUCUAUCUUGAGGAAACAUCUACCUCUGGUAACUUUACUAACAAGAGAGUAACUGUUAAGUUUAAUGUUAGGGCAUCUGUAAAAGUCUUUAUAGGAUAUCAGAGGCUAAAACUAUAUUUGCUUAAAAUUUUUGUAAUUAUGUAAACAAAAUUGCUUCUGAAAUUACUACUCUUUAAUUUUACUGAAUGCAAAUUUUAAAUUUGUAUCUCAUGAGCAGUAGUAUUUUCAAGCCUUCAAUAUCAUUGGAGUUCAAGUCUCGUAGAUGUCAAGAAAGGUAUUCAUGCCCAUUUUGAUUUAUGGAGAGUUGACAUAACAGACAAUGGUACUCUGCAAAUACAGGUUAGAGUUCUGCUUUGUUGGAUUUAUUUAUGGUUUCUUCAGUGUGCGUAUGGAGAGGCCCUGGAAUCUUUUCCAACGUGAGCAAGAAUUUUGAAGUGUUCUACUUAUUUUGCUAAUAAUUAUUAAAAAUGAUGUAACUACAUCCAGUUAGUGUGAAAUGAGGAAAAUAAAUGUUCAUUCUGCAAUAUGUCAACUUUAAAUAUACAGGUUUUCUGUCAGUGCUGCUCUACACUUCCUUUAUUUAAGGAAGAUUGUUUACUUUAAAUGUCUUUUUUUCCUUUAUCAAAAGACUUUCCUUCCUGUAAGAAAUCAUCAGUGGAGGGUGACUUUCAUUUAUUAUGCUACUUUGCACUUCUGUGCCUUUUGUUUACUUGAAUGUAUUGUGAAUAAUGAAAGGAGUAAAGGCACUUGGAUGAGAAGAGAAAUGAGGUCUACAGAUACAGAGAAUGAACUGGUAGUGCACGUAAAGCAGGUGUAACACUCUCAGUCAGUGGGAAUACGUUAUGGGCCUGGUGCGGUACACUAGUAUUUUGCAGCUUGGCUAAUAGCUUUGAGCUGUUACCUGACGCAGGAGGGUUGAGCCUGAGGACGCCAGUGUCGCAAGGUAACUUAUUGCUUAGGUACAAACCCCCAAGGUUAGUGUGCUGCCAAACUGUUACCUAAUCUGUACUCAUAACAGAUGCAUGAAUACUUUGAAUAUAUAUGCCAGUAUUAAGGACUUGUAGAAAUUUAACUAGGGUCCUACUCUAAAUUGCAUGAGAAUACAUCUCUUGGGACCUUUCCUGCAAACCGAUAAAGAAUAAACCUAAAAAUGGGUUUUUAAAAGUGUGUAUUUACAGGUACGAUGACAGACUGCACAGCAUGUAAUUGCUUAAUGCUGCGGUUACCAUAAAAUUUCUAAAGCUCUUCCAUAUCUUACUAAUGCAUACACUGUUAAUCACAAAAUAUUUUUAAAUUGUUACUUCAGGAUGAUCAACGGUUGAUUAUGAGUGGGUAAACUUAAUUUUAUAUAUAAAUGGUACUGGGGUUCAGUGUAAGGUUUUUAAAAAAUAUGCUGGUAUUGUUAGCCUUUCAUUCACUACCUCCUGAAUUUUUAACAUCUUUACAAUUUUCUCCUUGGAAGAAAAUACUUAAAGGCUUGACUGUUUUAUAUAGAUUUUAUCUUUAGCUAAAAAAAGAAAAAAUCCAAAAGUGAUAGUGAGGAUGCUACGCAUGAUUGACAAUAUUAUGCUGCUAUUAAUGUAAUCUUUGUGUAUUAAGUAUCCUGUAUGUGUAAGUUGUAUUUUUCAAUCCAGAUUUUAUAAAUUAAUUUAUAAAUAUCCAAAUUAUUUCAAAAUGGAAUGGAAAACUAAAAUUCCUUUGAUUAGUGUUAUAUGUUGUGUACAUGCACAGCGGGGGGGACAAGUCAUUCCUCACUUGCAACUGGGAGAUUUAAGUGCACCUUAAUAAGAAAAAGAACAAAUUCUUAAUAGAAUUAAGAUGCAUUUACUUUGAGGUUCUGCUAUGGUACUGGAUAAGUCAAGCCUAACUGUGAAUCAUGUUUUUUCCACAGCUGAAUUAAAUUUAGGACAAUGUUCUCACAAGCUGUCUUUAACAUGUGUAUUUUUGUGAAUAUUAUGUAUUUUCUAAUUUUACUUGCAAUGUGAUUUUUACAUGAAUGAACUUGUUUAAAAUGUCAAAUAUCAGUAUUUUUCUUACAACUUUAAUGCAUAAUGUACAUUGGUAUCUCACUGAAUGAAGAUUGAUUUUACAAAAUCAAGCUAGAUGUAGUUGUAUAUUAGUCUUAUAUUUUUACAGACUGGAAUAAUAAAUGGAUAUAGAAAUAAAA